GUCCACGUGAUGUGCUUACGCAUGUGACAGCAGUUGUCGCUUACGAGGUGGCAUUGAGGCGGCAUCGAGGCGGCAACGAGGCGGCGUAGUUCGCCAUGGUUUUAUGAAGUGUAACCAACAGCCUCGGACGCUGCCUGGACGAAUUUCCUAUAAGAAGGCCCUCUUUUCCUCGAAUGUUCUGUAGUCCAUUCUCACAAAUCUUCAUCUGCUUUCUUCAAAAACAAUCCACCGGUGUUUCCUUUAACGUAUACCUUCGUCGGAUUUACACCCCGUCAUACACGCUGGCAACAUGUCGCUAGUCUUCUCUGAAACGCUCCAAUCAAUCACGACAACUAAACUCAAUGAACUAUCCAAGAAACGUAAGGCUUUCGAGGAUCAAAAAACCUUCCACUUGAGCAUUGCCGGAAAAGAGUCCAAUCACUUGGAGAGAGUGCGACUACUUGCCGACGGCGUCAAGAAAUGUUUCUCUGUGAGAAAUGUAACUAGGAGGACAGACGGACGUAAUAGCCCAAUCCGGAUCGUCGAUGGAGUUCCUCAUCUCGAAGUCCUGCUCAAGAAUUUGGAAUUCUUUCUUGAACAAGCGAAAUAUGACCCCUCUAUCUCGACAACGUUGCUUUCUGAUUGGGAAAAAUCUCUUGUCAAGACGCUGAAGGUCAGAUCACUCAAGUAUGAGUAUGCUACUCUCUAUGGCAAAUUGGUGACCGAAUGGCUCGAUGCAGAGAAAUCCUCUGAUAUCCCAGACGACAUGUCCAUGCUCUCCGAAGACUUCGAAAAAGUCGAGCGUACAGCAAAAGAGGAAUCUCGAGCAGAAUGGGAGAAGACCGUCUUCGAACCCUUCGAGACCGAUCAGAUCGCCAUUUCAGAGUUUCUCCGAAACCUCUUUGGCGAGGAUGGAAACAAAAAGCUGGCCCUGACCGCCCUGAACGCUCUACGCAGAAGCGUCGCAACAUUUGAGACUUCACUUCGUGCCCCGGGGCAAUUCAAUGAUGGUGUCUUGAGAUGGACUAUCAAUGGUUUGCUUGCUUCUGGUCUUAUGUCUGAUGAGAAGCGUGGCGUCCUCAAGGAAUUUCUUGCAAGCCCGGUCAUUUUGUCCGAGAUUGCUGAUGUUCUCAAUAUGCGACUUGCUUCUAUCUCGACCUGGGAUUGGGAGCAGGAAGUUCCGAUUGAGCAGAGGAGGCAUGUGACAGGUGCAUAUCAUAUAUAUAUCGAUGAAGAACUUCUUCAAGCUAUCUUCCUCCAAUACAUUGGCAUCAAGUUCUCUGUCUUUUUCAAGGAAGCAUUCGUCAAGUUUGCUGAUUCAGGGGCAUGGACCUCUUUACGCCAAUCAGUUGCUACCGAUGCAAGAAAGCGAAGAGAGUACUUCCUUGGACCCCAGCAGAAGAAACCAAGCGUUCAGAGCAAGCGGCAAGGAAUAUACAAGUCCAUUUUCUUCAUGAGCCAGCUUCCAGAUUCUCCGCAAGGUCUUCAAGGAUCCUCUAGUGCUCCAGGUGAAGAAGAAGCCAUCUAUGAUCUCGGCUCCAAAAGGCGACAAGUCUCCCAAUUCGCUCAAGCGAGUGCGAAUGCUCAACGGCAGAUGCAGAUUCAAGCAAUGGCUCAAAUGCAACAGCAGCAACAGCGACAACAAAGUAUGGUGCAAUCGUAUGCGAUGGCCCAACAAGCGCCACCUCCACCACAGGCAAACAGCAUUGCUGCGCCAAAUCCUAAUUGGAAUUAUCAAAAUUAUAACAACGAGGAGUACGACUUGGAGAAUGACAAACCAGCAAACGUCAAACAAUUCCUUCUACAUCUCCUAUCGGCUGAAGUGCUCAUGAAUACUCGACUUCAUGGCGAUUUCACGUGUGCUAGAUCUCAAUUCUAUUCGUUCUCGCCGACGUUACCUCACUCAACUAUUUUAUCCGUUCUCUCUUUCUUCGGGCUAUCCGACAAAUGGAUCUCCUUCUUUCACAAAUUUCUCGGAGCGCCGCUGAAGUUUGUUGAAGAUGGAGAUGAUAGUCCAACUCGUAAGCGAAAGAGGGGUGUGCCAGGUGCCCAUGCGCUCUCAGCCGUCUGUGGAGAGGUGAUCCUUUUCUGCCUCGACUAUUCUGUUAAUCAGCAGACCCACGGAGCACAGCUCUACCGUAUGCAUGAUGACUUUUGGAUCUGGUCUUCUUCUCAUGCUACAGCGGUCUCCGCCUGGUCUGCUAUUACAAGAUUCUCCGACGUGAUGGGCGUCACCUUAAACCCAAGCAAGACAGGAACGGUCCGAAUUCGCUACGACAAAUCCGCUGAUGCAACAAUCGACGAUUCGCUUCCAAAGGGAGACAUUCGAUGGGGCUUCCUCUACCUAGAUCCCGCGACUGGUCGAUUCAAGAUCGACCAAGAGAUGGUUGAUAAACAUGUCUUGGAACUCCAACGCCAACUGGAGUCAAAGAAUAAAAGCAUCUUCUCCUGGGUCCAAGCGUGGAAUACCUACGCUGGGACAUUCUUCUCUACAAAUUUCGGAAAGCCAGCAAACUCAUUUGGACGCGAACACGUUACUGAUAUUCUGACAACAAUGAAUCGAGUCCAGAAACAAUUGUUCAAAGACACCAAGGUUGCGGCUUAUCUCAAAGCCACGCUCAAAAAAAGAUUCGACAUUGAUGAUAUCCCUGAUGGAUUUCUGUACUUCCCUGCUGCACUUGGAGGUCUGGAGUUGCAAAAUCCAUUCAUCCCACUUCUCCAAGUCAAAAGCUCGGUCCUCUCCCAACCCUCAUCUCUCCUUGAUCGCUUCCUGGACUCAGAAAAAGAAGCAUACCGGAAAGCAAAAGAGAGAUUCGAGAAAGGCCAAGUAUACCGCCAAACCACCUCCGACCCCUCCUACUACCCCGCCGAUUAUCAGACGUUCAUCAGCUUCGAAGAAUUCACAAGCCACAGAGAGGAAUUCUACUCCGGAUACUCUGGCGACUUGUUAAGCUGUUUCACAGAGUUUUUGAAAUACCCCGAAGCCGAGACCGUGGAUUCGGAGAACGUGGAUUGGGAUGCGUUGAGAGAUGCGAUGGCGCCGGCGAAUGGGGAGGUUGACGAUUAUUUGAAGUGGGUUGCGCAGCUUUAUGGGAAGGAUAUGAGGGAGAAGUUUGGGGGGUUGCAGAUUGUUGAGAAGGGGUUGCUGCCUAUGGGGAUGGUGGGGUUGUUCAGGAGUGGGAGGGUCAAGUGGCAGGGUUGAGCGUGGCUUCUUGAGGCCUCGCUUAAAUAAAGGGGCAACAUGUAUUGGGUAGGCGAGAACUCAAUCUGGACGUCAUUUUAGCUUUUCUCAAUAUACUCUAUGGUUC